AUGGCAUACCUCUACACAUCAUAUAACAUCUCUGAGCAGCAGUCGAUGAAGAAGCACAUUGUGUUACGCGCGAUUGGCUCGUCCGGUCGCCUUGCCAGAAAUCCUGAGGAUUCGAUUAUCAUAUUCAAAUCUCGCAAGAUUCUCAAUCUAUCCAAAUCUUCAAUGGAGUUCAAAAGCAUUUUCCUCCUCUUUUGCCUCUGCCUGAUCCAGGGAUUUGCAUCUGCAACACUCGAUAUCAAGCAGGAUGAGACCGACGCAGGAUAUUUCCAUUGGUCCUCGGCCAAGCGCUUCGCCGAAGAUGCAAACACCGUCCGCAAUGCGCUGCCUUCGCUAGCUAGGCAAGCGUACGAAGAGAUGCGAGACGAUGCUCGGAACAAGGGCUUACCCGAGGGACAAACACCUUCUGCCAUGGCUGCCUUAGCUGUCGGUAGCGAUGUCUACUUCUCAUCCGGCUUAAUAGGAAGACCAUACCUUGUGCAUCCAGGAGAGGUGCAGAACUACAUCCAGGAAGGGGUAGCCAAGGAAGUCGAGCUGGCCAUUUUCCGUUGUCAGCAGACGUACCAGAGCGAACACCGCUAUGAUAUGCGUUGUGCUGAGCCUAUCGCGACACAGCAAUACCUCGUCAACAACCCGGACAGGUCUAUCGUCGGCCAAGGGAAGAUCUCGACUUAUGGCAUCCUCAACAAGAACGAUGUGACCAACACAGGCAUCCUGAAUCCUUGUGAAUCUAGAUACGGUCGGUGGGGCUGCCAGGUCUUUAUUGACAAGCUGCAGAUUACAAGAGUCGGGAAUCAAGGUGACAAGCCUGGAUUGCCUUCGAUCCAGCCAUCACAAGGCCUUGAGCAUUGCUUCUGGACAUAG